GGGUAAUGGGAAUACCACAUGCCGCAUCCAUAAUUACUGCCUCUACCCAACUACCUUACCCCACAUAUACACUUUCUCGCUCUACAUACAAACUACCUCAUCCACUGACAGGAUAGAAGAUUGCCAAGAUGUCAGAAGUCGCCUUCAUCAAAUCCUUCCUUUCUUCGCUCGAUUCCCGCCCUAUCAAGCUCCGAGCAGACUAUGUCCUCGACGAAGAGCGAGUUGGACCUCGCGUCCCUUACCUCCUCCCCCGCCUCAGCGCCCCCCACCCGGAAAUGCCCAAGAAAGUGCAGCGCACGCAAGCCCCCGGCUCGUCGAAAUCCAUAACCGUGCACCUGAAGAGCGCGCGCAACCCCGCAUUCGAAUUCUCGCUACCCAAUGCACCCAUCACCACGACCUCGGUGCAGGACCUCAAAGACGCAGUUCAGGAACGGGUCGUCGACGCACAGGACGGUAAGGUGUCGGUGGAGAAGAUCAAGAUUCUGUAUAAGCGAAAGCCGGUGACGGGGAAGACAAUCGCGGAGUUGCUGGCUGAUGAGCCUGAGAUGUUGGCUGGAGGCAAGGAGGUCGAGUUUGGCGUGAUGAUAAUGGGAGGGGCAAAGGUUGUGGAAGGAGGCAGUAGUGGUGAGGGGGAUGUGAGUGCUGCUGCUGCGCCUAAGGCGGCGGUUGGGCCGAGUGGGGAGGAGGUGUUGAGGACGGAGGCGUUCUGGGAUGAUUUGCAGGGGUUCUUGGAGCAGAGGUUGAAGGAUAGUGAGGAGGCGAGGAGGUUGAGGGGGGUGUUUAAGGGAGCUUGGGAGAAGCAAUAAGCUGCCAGUUAUUUAGAUUCGUGUAUUGAAGCGUACAGUGCUUAAUGGUGGGCAGGUGUGUAUGUAUGUAAUAUGAUACCUUGUCAUGGAUUUAUUUUGACAUUGAUUUGGAUAUGUGGCGAGAUUUCAUUGCAUAUGGGAGAUUGCAUUGGGGUGGAAUAUGUGAGCUGGAAUAUUGUACAGGUUAAGGGUAGACCAAUGCUCGCCGGCUUUGAAUACAUUUAUACUUCAAGCUUAGGUACCCUUGUUCGCGGACGGGUUUGAGAAUAAUUGGAGCAGAAAUCAAGCAGUGUACAGGCUGGUGCAAAGGCUCUAAAGGUCAGGGCAAGGAGAUCAUCAUACAGCAUUCAUCCAUAGCACCCC